UUAAAUAGUUCUAUAAAUAAAUGUUUCUUUAAGCAAAGAAAAAGAAUAUACACAAAACUAUUAUUAUCAUCAGGAGAGUGAAAUUUGGAAGGUAGGAGGGAGAUUACUUCUUUAUCUCUAAUGAUUUAAAUUGUUGUGAACAACCAAAAGGAUCUGAAAUGGAAACUUGAAAAUCAACAGAAAAUAGUCACCUUACCCUGUGUAGUUGUAGAGGACUAAUGCUGACUCUUAAUUUCCAGCAGAAAUUAGUUAAUUCAGGUUCUGAUCUAAUUUUCUGAGUUUGUUUAUUGUUUAAAUGGGAUGUGUGCACUUGAUAAUCUCCUUGGAUAUAAAGCUGAUGCCCAAAUUGGUUAAAAUGUAUGUUGUUUGGUAUUUCCCUUUAUUUUGCUAGUAAGCUUUUCCCUUCUUCUGGGGAUUAAAAUCCUUUCUUCUUUAGCCCAGUUAGAUUUGUUAAAGGAGAGCCUCUAUGAAAAGGCCCUUCUUUGAGGUCUUUAAGUGGAAAUGGAAAUGAUUGGUUCUGAAAAUUUUUCUCUCACUGGCUUUUGAAACAUUUCGUAGAUAUUGAAAGCUCAUUAUAAAGGAUGUCUCAGUAUUUUCACUCCAAAAUGCUAAGGAAUAAUUUAGCCAACAGCUCAGACUUGAAAAAUGAAAACGGCUCUGUCUUUUCACAGACUGAACACAGCAUUGUUGCAGCUUACUUGAUUACCGCAGGUAUGAUAAGUAUUCUCAGCAACUUAAUCGUUCUAGGCAUCUUCAUUAAGUUCAAGGAACUUCGGACACCCACAAAUGUAAUAAUCAUCAACCUGGCUGUUACCGAUAUAGGGGUCAGUAGCAUUGGCUACCCCAUGUCUGCUGCUUCAGAUCUGCAUGGAAGCUGGAAAUUUGGAUAUGCAGGAUGUCAGAUUUAUGCUGGGUUGAAUAUUUUUUUUGGAAUGGCAAGUAUUGGAUUGCUCACGGUCGUGGCUGUGGAUCGAUACCUGACCAUCUGCCAUCCUGAUGCAGGAAGAAGAAUGACCACUAACACUUACGUAAGCAUGAUUCUGGGGGCCUGGACCAAUGGCCUGUUUUGGGCUUUGAUGCCUAUCAUCGGGUGGGCUAGUUAUGCCCCAGAUCCUACUGGGGCCACCUGUACCAUAAACUGGCGGAAAAAUGAUGUGUCUUUUGUUUCUUACACCAUGAUGGUAGUUGUGAUAAAUUUUAUCGUGCCCUUGACAGUGAUGUUUUACUGUUAUUACCAUGUCACUCAAUCCAUUAAACAUCAUGGUACUAAUAACUGCACUGAGUACUUCAACAGAGAUUGGUCAGAUCAGGUAGAUGUAACAAAGAUGUCUGUGAUAAUGAUACUCAUGUUUCUGGUGGCGUGGUCCCCUUAUUCCAUCGUGUGCUUAUGGGCAUCUUUUGGUGACCCAAAGAAGAUUCCUCCCUCAAUGGCCAUCAUAGCUCCUCUGUUUGCAAAAUCUUCUACAUUCUACAAUCCUUGUAUUUAUGUGAUUGCUAAUAAAAAGUUUCGAAGGGCGAUGCUUGCCAUGUUCAAAUGCCAUACUACCCAAGCAAUGCCUGUGAUGAGUAUUUUACCAAUGGAUAUACCUCAAAACCCACUGACUUCUGGAAAAGUCUGAAAUAAGAGGAACUCACACAUUUAUCAAAACAUUUUCUUUUUUUUUUUGUUUGCAGUGGUUUAAUUUCAUUUUAAAUGUGAGCUCAUUUCAAUCAAAUACAGACAUAGAAUAUUGUCUUAAUAGGUUAUAAAUUUCUCAAGUGUAGUUUAUAGUUCUUCUGUUUGUGCACUGGCUACCAUUGGGAAUGUUUCACUAUUUCCUUAUGUGUAAACAUAUUACUCAUCUAGUUUGAUGAAUAGAGUCACAUGAGAUUAAGGCCUCUUCUCUUUCUCCUUAUUAUGGUAUGUAUUACAGUGUACCAAUGACUUGCUGUCUUGCUUGGUUCCUCCACUAGAUCAGAAGAAACUGCUAUUUUAAUUUUCAGUUCAGUUCAGUUCAGUCACUCAGUCAUGUCUGACUCUUUGCAGCCCCAUGAACUGCAGCA